ACACAUUUUUACCACGUCUGUCUAUAUAAAUCAAACCCUUCAAUCAACCUCUCUCAUUAAUCAUUGCAUACAAUCGCAAUUAUAAAAUGGAUAAGAAGAGAGAAGGCAACAAUUUUAAUGGCGUCGGCGUGGUGUUCGAGGAUCAUUUUCCGGCGAUGGUGGAGAAGCUGGGGGCGGAGGGGUUCAUCGAUGAGCUGUGCAAAGGGUUUGAGCUGCUCAUGGAUUCCCACAACCAGAUGAUCACAUUCACCAGCUUGAAGAACAAUGCGGCGGCGUUGGGAUUUGAAGAUGAUGAUGAUGAUGAGCUGCUGCGCUCUAUGUUGGAGGAAGGAGAUUUGGACGGCGACGGCUGUCUCAAUCAGAUGGAAUUUUGUGUUUUGAUGUUGAGAUUGAGCCCCAAUCUCAUGGAUCAUGCUACGGAUAUCUUGUUUCAUGACUUCGAUUAGCUUACCUCACAUUUUGUAUUUGGAUCUGUGUAGUUUAUUUUUUAAUACGAUUAACAUUUUGAUGCGUA